AUGUCUUCUGCCGAAGCUACCGAGCCCAAGGUCGAGGAGACCAAGCCCGCCGAGGUACGACCACCCCUUUGUCGCACGCACACUCUCCCCCCCGCUCUCACCACCGGCGAGGCUGAGAAGCCUGUGACCUCCUCUUCCGUUUUCUCCAUGUUCGGAGGUGGCGCCAAGAAGGAGAAGAAGGAAGACGAAGACCGCGGUGACAACUCUGGCAGCGCCAAGGCCCAGCGCGAUGCCGCAAAGAAGGACGGCGAGGAGGAUGAAGCCCCCGAGUCCGAAGAUGUUCACUUCGAGCCCGUCAUCAAGCUGACGGAGAAGGUCGACGUCACCACCAACGAGGAGGCCGAGGAGCAGCUUUUCAAGAUGCGCGCCAAGCUUUUCAAGUUUGUCAAGGAGACCACUGAGUGGAAGGAGCGCGGCACUGGUGAUGUCCGUUUGCUCAAGCACAAGGAGAACGGCAAGACCCGUCUCGUCAUGCGCCGUGACAAGACCCUCAAGGUCUGCGCCAACCACUACAUCGUUCCCGAGAUGAAGCUGUCCCCCAACGUCGGUUCCGACCGCAGCUGGGUGUGGAACGCUGCCGCCGAUGUUAGCGAGGGUGAGGCUGAGGCCGUUACCCUGGCCAUCCGCUUCGCCAACUCUGAGAACGCAAACCUCUUCAAGGACUCUUUCCUGAAGGCCCAGAAGGACAACGAGGAGCUUUUCAAGGCCGCUGAGAGCGAGGCCACCGCCACCCCCGCUGUCGAAGAGUCUUAA